GAUGUGGUGUUGUUAUGGAUCUGUCUCUAACUUGACGGUUGGUCCUCCACUCUGUGUCUCUGAAUGAAUGACAUCAUGCGGGCUGCUGUUGGUCUCCAUCUGCGACAUGACACCUCCAGACACUAACGGUGUAGAGUGAUGCAGCAGAAGUUGUGUUCCAGAGGUUCUGGUUCUUUCCUCUUGGAGAGGAACGGCCAGGCCUGCGGCGCCGUCACCGUCACCUCCUGCGACCUCCCCUUCCGCUGCCCCCGCUGUGGCGAACAGGAGCGCUUCCGCAGCCUGGCCUCGCUCCGCGCCCACCUGGAGUACCGCCACUCGUACCGCUCUCCGGACGUGACUACCGGUGGCUUCAGCAUCACCGGCAAGCUCCCUGACCCGUUGACGGCGGCGAUCCCCUGGCACGACAUGAGCCUCCCGACCCGCAGGGGCCUGCAGGGCGUGGGGCGGCCACCUCACGUCCGCUCCCUCAGUGACAGCAGAGACAGUGGGUACCUCCACUCCUACAGCUCUGUGAGGAGACGCACCCAGAGUGUUGGGGUGGGGACGCAGGCUGAGGAAGAGGAGGAUGACGAUGAGGAAGAAGAUGAGGAGGAAUUUGGGACAGAUGAUGAAGGAGAAGAGGAGGAGGACGAAGGUGAAGAGAGAGAUGGAGGUAGAAAUGAGGAGGACAUCAAAAUGGCUAUCAAAAAGUCAGACGCAUGCUGCCAUCACCUCAACCACCAUCACCUCCCGUUCCCUCUUCCAGCCCCUCUUGGUCCCCCGCCAGACCCGGACCUGGACUUAGACCUGGACCUGGUCGAGCAGAACGCGUACUCUGGUUUGGAGACGGCAGCAGCCUCGGCCGCGGUGCGCCGACGACUGGCCAGCAUCCUGCGGGCGGCCGACAGCACCAUGCAGCGCCGGCUGGCCAAGGUGAGCACGGAGCUCGCCCAGACCGACACGGAGCUCCUGUGUGAGCGUGCCCACUCGCAGCACCUGGCCCAGGAGAGGCAGGAAGUUGCAGACAGGGAGAGGUCGCUGAGCCGGCAAGUCGACGUGGCUGUUAUGGUGAUCGCCGCGCUGAGGGAGCAGCUCAACGCCUCAGAGAACGAGCUGGAGAGACGAGAGAGGGAGGUGAUAACCAUCCAGAAGUUUCUGGAAGCAGCGGCUCGACAGGAGACGUGCGGUAAAGUUCGAAUCCAGCGCUUCAUCGAGAAUCUGCUGAGACGCAUCGCUCUGGCCGAGAGACUGGUGGAGUAUUACCAGGUCAACGGCAGCCCGCAGCAGUGCAACCACUACAAGUACCAGCAGCCAAAUGAUAAUGGUCCUCACAGAAUCACUAAAAGCAGGUCAGCGGGAGGUCAGCUGUCCUCGUCUGGUCUCCAUGACAACAGAAGCCGCUCCUCCUCGCAGUUCAGCGGCCGUCCUCUGUUCUCCAAAGCGGGCGGCGGGGAGCGAGACCGGGAGCGGGAGCACCGGGAACGUCUGGCCCAGUCGUCCAGGCUUUUCUGCCGACCCGAACACAGAGACGACAUCUGGAACCACCAGCGCCGCAGGUCCGCCGGGUACGAGGCGUAGAACUGUAGAGAAACACCGGGGGAGAGGGGCUGUCAGCCGAGAUAUCCACUGAAAUGAGCAUGCUAACCAGCUAGCCCCGGCCCGUCCUGUCUCGUAAUAGAGAGGCGAUAGUGAGUCAGUGUAGCGUCCAGUCUGCCCUCAUGAGAGGACGGAGAAGUAGAGCUGUCCCGAGAGCUUGUCAGUCACGUUGAAGGGCUUAAACUCGCACUCAUUCACACAGAAACGGGUGGAGAUUCUCCGAUCACAAAAUGAAUGACGUCGUAUCAACGCUUUCAUCCAAAGUGACUUACAGUGCCGUGAAUGCAUACAGUACAUUUGCAGUAUACUAAAAAAUUCCUUUUCUCUGCAUCAUCCUGUACGAUCUGUUUACACGUCAUUUUUGCACUCAUCCAAUGAUAAGAAUGUAAAUGUAAAAGACGGUAUUCGGUGUAAAAUGUAUCCUUGCUGUCGUUGGUUUAGGUUUUGUUGACGGUGUUAAUAGAUAUUUUGUAUACAAAGCUAUUAUGUGUCGUCGAGUGGGAGUAGUAGUCCUACAGAACUUUAACUUGGCAGAACAUUUAUCUGGGUCACAAACCUGGACCCGUCUUUUUUUCCCUGAAAUUAUGUUUGACUCUCUUCUGAUGUUUUUAUUUUCUUGUUGUUUCAAGUUAGUUUGUCUUAUUUGAAUUUGUAAUUUGCAUUCAUGCAAAGUCUUACAUUUUUUGGAUCGUGGAUCGAGCUUACAGGCAUCCUUUUCAAAGACCCGACUAGAAGUUGUGUUAAUCAUAAUUUAAUCCAAAUUUAUUGGAAGUUGCCAGUUUUUCUAAGCCAAAUAAUGUACUGUGUUUUUCCAUCAGUUUAACAAACCAGUCAGCCAGAUUGAUCUAUUACAGUUUCAGUAAUACCUGAUACCAUAUCUUGAAUAUUACUGUUUAACGGUCUAAAAGACAUUAUAGCCAUCAGCUGUUUUAAUGGCUUCAUGGGCCCUAAACGCUGAGAGUAAACCUGAGUUUUGUCAGGUUUACUCUCCACUGCUUCUUACCGCAUUAAAACCUGAUACAUUUGGACAAAUUGUAUUCCAGAGAUCCAUCGUGUGAUCAGACUUCUGAGUCCUUUAGCCCCUUUGUGAAUUAAGGCACUGAUGAGCUAAGCCCAAAUGUUACUGCUGCUGUCAAUUAAAAACACAACAAUUCUUAGUUUCAUGUGAUUAUGCACUAAUGAAAACACAGGCUGUGUCCAAAAUCAUUCACUCAUUCACUACUCACUAUCCAGGGAGUUCUAUGUAGAGUUAUAUUUAGAGGACUACAGUAUAUAGUGAGCUCAUUGGCAAAAUGAAACAACACUUUCCGCACACUACUACUGGUAGGCCAUCCAUAAUAAACACCGGCAUGUAUUUUUGUGUGUUAUAAAUACAUAUUUAAACCAUUUUGUUGAGUUGUCUCUUAGCAAAAUCCUCUGAGUGAAUUUAAGUUAAGAGUAAAGCGGUGAUGCGCUGCCAUCUGCCGUUGUGGCAAGCGUAUGUUCUCAAAUUAAUAAACACAAAGUACUUUGUGGCCGUUUGUGUUGUGAUGAUCUGCUCACAUUAAAUACAUUUUAUUGGCGCCACAGCUUAUGGAUUUGUCUAGAAUCACGCUGCUCUCUCUCCUCUCGUCCAUCUGCCAAUUUUUUUACUUCAGCGCAACGCAUGAUGGUAUAUAGUGCUCGGUUAGUGACCAUCGUUGUCCACUACUUUUCACAAUACAUUGUGGGAUAUACUUUGAGUCCACUAUAUGGGGUAUAAUAAUUCUCACUAUGCCGUUGGACAGCACUAUAAUACGGCAAACUCACUAUAUAGUGAGUAGUGAGUGAUUUGGACACAGCCUACAGUUAUGAAUAUUAUAUGUCAUUUCUGCUAAUAGAUCCCCUACACACUGUACCUUUAAAUGCAUCUGUGAGGUCACUUCACUUCUGAUUGCAGCGGUUCUAUUAACAUGACCUGAAACAUUUUUAGUCCUGUAAAACC